UUCCUUUCUACACACUUCCUUCUUAAAACUCACUCAGGGUUAAGGCAGGAGGUCUUUAAUCUAGAGGAAAAUGACACAUAAAAUCCAGAAAGAAAAAAAAAAGACAACCCACCACACAACACACCUCAUUACUUCUGGCACAGGAUGAAGACAAGUCAGGCUCUUCAGCCAGUGAUUAUUGUCUAUUGUUCCCUGAACAGUAAACUAUUAUUUAACACUGAAAAUGUUUGGCUGGAGUUAUAACUAAGCAACCAGCUCCUCAUGAAUAUGAAGUGAAAGUCUGACCCAGAAAAGAAAGUCACAGGUAGAAAGAAAGAAAGAAAGAAAGAAAGAAAGAAAGAAAGAAAGAAAGAAAGAAAGAAAGAAGAGGAAAGAAACCUUCAAGUCCUUCUUGACACUCCCAGGUUCUACAGACUACACGCCGCAUUGCCCACACCAGGAUGGGGGCUCGGAGAUGCAGUGGCUGCCUCAGUUGCCUGCUAAUUCCCCUUGCACUUUGGAGCAUUAUUGUUAAUAUCUUACUAUAUUUCCCAAAUGGACAGACAUCGUAUGCAUCCAGUCACAAACUCAGCAAUUAUGUGUGGUAUUUUGAAGGGAUCUGUUUCUCAGGCAUCAUGAUGCUUAUAGUAGCUGCAGCUCUCCUAAUACUGGAGAGGGAUACACCAUAUAAAUGCUGUCAGAGUGAGAACUGCAGCAAAAAAUACGUGAGUUUACUCUCCAUUGUCUUUUCUGUCCUUGGAAUUGCUUUCUCCGGAUAUUGCUUGGUGAUAUCAGCACUGGGCUUAGUGCAAGGACCAUACUGCCGUACCCUCAAUGGCUGGGAAUAUGUCUUUGAAGAUACUGCAGGGAGUUUCCUCAGUGAUCCUAGCACAUGGAGCCAGUGCCUGGAGCCUGCUCAUAUUGUCGAAUGGAAUAUUAUUUUAUUUUCUAUUCUUAUAACACUCAGUGGUCUCCAAGUGACCAUCGCUCUCAUCAAAGUCAUCAUUGAACUCAGCAAGAUACUCUGUACAACCUACUCAGUCAUAAUUCAGCCUGGAAUCAUAUGAAUGAGACGAGUCCUUUCCAUGAGCUCCAGGCCGUCAACCUCAGCUGUGUAGACCUGUGAAUACAAAUAUAGAUUCAAAUGAUGUGAUUUCUUAUUGAUGCUCCUCCUUCUUCCUCAGAGCUGCCCCCAAACCUCACUAAGACUGUUAAUCAGUUAGUCGAUAAGCAUUUGUUAUGCUUCCCCUACGUGCUAAGCACUGAGCUAUGAGCUGAUCACAGGCUCAUAGAUCUAGAACUGAAAAGUUACUCAGUGGCCUUCUAAUACAACCCCCUUCAUUUUACAAAGGGGGAAAAUGAGGCAGCGAGAGUCAGAUGAGAUUUGAUCUCCCGACUCCAAGCCAGUGCUGUUUCCGCUGUGCCAUGAUACCUCCCUUGACCAGUCUGUCCUUUCAUUUUAUUCUGGUCAUUACCAACCCUGAGAGCCAAGAGGUGGAAGGGAAAGGAAGCAAACAAUAUGGGAUCUAUAAAAUCUCCACACAUGUAUCACAAUAAAAUCUUCUCAAGAAGUUUUUUAAAAGGUG